AUGAAAGAAGCUUUAACCCUUCACCUGGCAAGCAAGUCCCACGAGCUAAAUCACAAUGACCUAAUAGCUCUUGAUAGGCAGAUAAUCCUAGAUGUGAUCGACUUCAAUGGAGAUUUCGAGGGUGCUUUCGCUGAAUAUGUUCCCGAAAACGUUAACUUUCUCAUUAGAGGAUGUCCAAACUAUGUCGACAUGGAAACAAAUACCCCCGAGCCACGUCUCCGUCAGCGGCUUAUCUUUGAGUCUAUUGACGCGAUUCAGCAAUGCUGCAAUAUUCGAGACUUGAAGAAUAGCAUGAUUCAGUUUUACAACACAAUGCCGGCAUCUACUCGGAAGUUUUCAAAGUGGCCCUCAAAUUUUAGAGAACAAUCAGAUAGUCUACACUUUUAUCGAACGCUACUGCAAAGUAGUAAGGAAAUGAAUAAUCCAGAUAAAGUAGAACAGGCUAUAAAAUGCAUAAUUGUUCUUCCUGGCAGCAAUGCGGACCCCGAACGCAGCUUCUCCGCUGCGAAUAGGCUUUCGAGAGACGAAAGAAGCGAGAUAAAAACUGAAACUCUUGAUCACAUUAUGACGGUGCAACGUAAUGGACCUACUGUUCUCACUGUAAAGGUACAGCAACUAGCUUCUCAAUGGAUGCACCCUGCUCCAGGUGAUGCAUUAGCCACACUGCAUGUAAGGCGUCACAUGGUAGUUCACGGACUCAAUGCGAGAGAGGACGCCGAUGAUAUUAAGAACCUACUGCAGGAAGAACUCGCCAAAAUGUCUAUCUUUUCUGUCGGAUCACCCGCAAAACCAGAAUGA